UGUGGGAGUGAAAGUUUAGCGGAGUAAAACAUCCGAAAGGCACAUAGCAAUCUUUGGAGAGUAAAAAGACGAUUAGGGACGGGCAUGAUAUCAGACAGCCAUCUAUAGGCUUCAAUAAAGGAUCAAGAGGAUUUUCUAAAAAUCGUCUGUGAUAACCUCUUCUGUCUACUGUCUGACUUGACAGACACCACCAUGCUGGCCCCCUGGUCGCUCCCCUGCUGCUUCACCAUCCUGCUGGGCCUGUUAAAACUGUGCCAGGCCCAGUACGAACAACUAGGCUACCCACACGGCUAUCCACAGGGCUACCCAGAGCUAGAGCAGGAGCAGUACACUGCCCCGGAGCUGCCACCUGACACACCCAGGAUACAGCUGCGUUUGGCGGGGGACAAGCGCAAGCACAACGAAGGGCGCGUGGAGGUUUUCUAUGAUGGCGAGUGGGGCACGGUCUGUGAUGAUGACUUCUCUAUCCACUCUGCCCAGGUGGUGUGCAGAGAGUUGGGCUACCUGGAGGCUGUCUCCUGGUCUCCGUCCUCUAAAUAUGGGAAAGGAGAGGGGCGCAUCUGGUUUGACAAUGUCCAGUGCACUGGGAAAGAGAAGACCCUGGCACUGUGCACGUCCAACGGGAUCGGUGUCUCCGACUGCAAGCACACAGAGGACGUGGGCGUGGUGUGCAGCGACAAAAGGAUUCCAGGAUUUAAAUUCAUCAACACCAUGGCCAAUAAUGUGGAGAGUUUGAACAUUCAAGUGGAGGAUGUGCGUAUCAGGGCCAUUCUGUCAUCGUACCGCAAGCGCAUCCCUGUGACAGAGGGCUACGUGGAGGUGAAGGACGGGGGGAAGUGGAAGCAGAUCUGUGACGCGGAGUGGACGAAGCACAACAGCAGAGUCAUCUGUGGCAUGUUCGGUUUCCCCGGAGAGAGGAAGUACAAUGCCAGAGUCUACAAGAUGUUUGCUCGCAGGAGAAAGCCUUCUUAUUGGGACUACUCUGUCAACUGCACUGGAAAUGAGGCCCACCUGUCGAGCUGCAAGCUCGGCCAUGCCGUGGCAGCGAAGGCCAACAGCACCUGUGGAGGGGGCACGCCUGUGGUGGUCAGCUGUGUGCCAGGAAGAGCCUUCUCCCCAACCCCCAUGACUGGCUUCAGGAAGGCUUUCAGACAGGAGCAACCGUUGGUGCGUCUGCGAGGUGGGGCCAUCGUAGGGGAAGGUCGUGUGGAGGUGCUGAAGAACGGCGAGUGGGGAACAAUCUGUGAUGAUAACUGGAGCCUGCUGUCAGCCACGGUGGUGUGUCGAGAGCUGGGCUUCGGGAGUGCCAAGGAGGCCCUGUCUGGUGGUCGGCUUGGACAGGGUAUGGGCCCAGUCCAUAUGAAUGAGGUGAAGUGCUCUGGGUUUGAGAAGUCCAUCACAGAGUGCUUCUUCAACAAGGAGUCUUUGGGCUGUAGCCAUGAGGAAGAUGCAGCCAUCACGUGUAACGUUCCAGCCAUGGGCUUCCAGGAGAGGCUGCGUCUGAGUGGGGGGCGUAACCCGUAUGAGGGGCGCGUGGAGGCGCUGGUGGAGAGGAACGGCUCCUUGGUGUGGGGCACGGUGUGCAGUGAUGGCUGGGGAACCAUGGAGGCCAUGGUGGUGUGCAGACAGCUGGGCCUGGGCUUCGCCAGUAAUGCCUUCCAGGAGACGUGGUACUGGCCAGGAGAGGUGAGUGCUGACCAUGUGGUGAUGAGUGGGGUGAGAUGUUCUGGCACGGAGAUGUCCUUAUCCCACUGCCUGCACCACGGAGCUCACCUCAGCUGUCCUAAAGGAGGAGGACGCAACGCUGCCGGAGUCUCCUGCUCAGAGACGGCCCCUGACCUGGUCCUGAACCCCCAGGUAGUGGAGCAGACCACCUAUAUGGAAGACAGGCCCAUGUUCAUGCUGCAGUGUGCUUAUGAAGAGAACUGCCUAUCCACCACCUCCAGCAAGACCCCUGCCAACUCCUACCGCCGCCUACUGCGCUUCUCCUCCCAGAUCCACAACAAUGGACAGUCAGACUUCAGACCCAAGGCUGGACGCCACUCCUGGGUGUGGCAUGACUGCCAUAGGCACUACCACAGCAUGGAGGUAUUCACCCACUAUGACCUGCUCAGCCUCAAUGGCACCAAGGUGGCAGAGGGACACAAGGCCAGCUUCUGUCUGGAAGACACUGACUGUGAAGAGGGUAUUGAGAAAAGAUACGAGUGUGCCAACUUUGGAGAGCAAGGCAUCACUGUUGGCUGCUGGGAUAUAUACAGGCAUGAUAUUGACUGCCAGUGGAUUGACAUCACAGACAUUAAGCCCGGAGAUUACAUAUUCCAGGUUGUUAUUAACCCUAACUAUGAGGUGCCUGAGUCGGACUACUCCAACAACUUCAUGAAGUGCAGAUGUAGAUACGACGGCCACCGUAUAUGGAUGUACAGCUGUCAUAAUGGUGGUUCGUUAAGCAGUGAGAGUGAGGAGUCCUUCCCUGGGCUACUGAACAACCAGGUGACCCACAGGUAAAAGGAUGGAAGAGACAGAGAAGAACAGAGCAACCAUCACCACCACAGAGAAACGGCCAAAAUGUCCCCAACCACUAGACAUCCCCCUCUCGCUCUCUCUCUGUUCCCCAGUCAGCAGUCCAGGGUGAACUCUUUUAUCUUGUUACCAAUAAGACUACAGCUGUUAAGAAUACCCCUCCUAGCUACCAUGCUGUGUUGUCAUGUAUUGCUGCCAUGCUAUGUUGUUGUCUUACGUCUCUCUUUAUGUAGUGUUGUG